UCAGUUAGUACACUGUGCAUUGGACAUUUUAAAAAUGAUAAACCGACUCCGGUUGUAACGCGUGAAGUGCUGAGUUUUUGAAUGAUUAUUCAGUUUAUUUACUUAUAUUUGGCGGUGAUUGUUCGAAAAUAAUGACGGAAACGCAACAGAAGACGCAAUGUAUAACGUUGAAAGGCUCCGCACAAUUAGUCAAAGAAUAUCUUCUUUACGGUGUGAAUAGUAUUUUGUACCAAAGAGGCAUCUAUCCUCCAGAAACAUUCGAACCUUCCGAACAUUUUGGGUUGUUCGUUCUAAUGUCUACGGAUGAAAAAAUCAAGGGGUUCCUGGAUACUGUUCUUGGCCAGAUUCAAGAGUGGUUGAUUCAACGAAAAGUACAAAAAGUAACACUCGUCAUAACGAACGUAAAUACCAAAGAAGUUUUAGAGAAGUGGGACUUCAAGGUCGAUUACGAAGGUCAGGUUUCUAAUGGAGUGAAGGACAGUACAAACAGUGGCCUUCCGGAUGUUGGAACAAAAGAAGCAAAGGCUGUACAGAAGGAGAUUCGUGAAGUAAUACGCCAGAUUACAGGUACAGUGAGUUUUCUUCCAUUAUUGGAUUGUUUAUGCUCCUUCGACAUAUUGACUUAUACUGUACCUGACUGUGGCAUUCCAAACGAAUGGGAUGAAACACAGCCAGUUUUCAUUGCCAAUAGUCAGGAAGUACAGUUAAGAUCAUUUUCAACUUCUAUCCAUAAAAUGAAAACUGUAGUCAGUUAUAAGAAUGUCUAG